AUGUAUUUUCCGAUUUCCAAGUUGAAUUUACUUGCUGUCGCGGCUCUUUUCACAUCUUCUAUUGCAGUUGAUGUAGAGGCCAGACAGACGCCUUCUCCGGAUCCAGUUCCAACGCCCACUCCAGCCCCAACACCCACCGCAAAAACUACCUUGAAUGCUUCACAAUCCGCAUCCCAAUCAAUGGAAAUACAAGCCGCACUCGCAUCCUAUGCUUCAUCUCUCUCUGUAGCCUCAGUAUCAGCUGUCAAGGCUGGAUCAACGGUACCUUCGUUACCGGGCUAUACACUAGCUGCUUCGGCGGUUGGUCCCGGAUCUUCAAAUGCAGCGAAAGCCGCUACAGGGAACUCGGGCUCUGGGAGAGGUGCAGAGGUGGAUAUGGUGUGGGUCAAUGUUGGAGUGGGAUUGGUGGUUUGUGCGGUGGGGUUGUUGUGA